AUGACACUUCUGCAGCUUUGCGUGUUCUUCAUUGUCGUGCUCCUCGCUCCUGGGUGGGUGAGUGGGACGUCUCAUUUGAGUAUCAAAUGCCCCACAGACUGCAGUUUCGCCACAGAGUGGUGCUCACAGGUGUUUGGACGGGGCGGCAAUGUUUCUUCCCGCGAUUGUGGGGAAUCUUACAUUGAUUGCACGUGCAACGAUGCCUCUAACAUUCUUGUGACCAUUACCAAAGGCCUCUGUACGUGGGGGGGUUCCUUUGACCCUGGCGACCCUAAAGGCGGCUACUGCUUUCCGCACACGGCACUGUGCCCGACCAACUGCAGCAGCAUCGAGCCGUGGGAGGUGUUGUGCGUGGACGACCUCGUCUGCCACGAGGAUGCUCAUGGGCUCAGCUUCAACUGCACCACCUGUGAGGGGCGCACCUACUCCAUCGUUGGUGAAGGCGAUUCGUGCAAGCGAGAGUACAGCGGCAAACACCCUGUAUGUGAUCCACUAACUACAUGCAAUGGACACGGCUGCUGCCGCAGGCCUGGAAAUUCGUCGAACCACUCGCCUUGCAACUGCUUCAAAGAUCCCGUCAGGGGGUAUUGGGGCCCGCCACUGUGUUCCACCUGCGACAAUAAGUACGACUCAAGCAAAGGCAACUGCACACAUUUACGCCCGGCCAUUCAGAACAUUCUCUCCUCGAUUGGCAGCACAUGGACGAUGGUUCUCCCCAACCUGGCGAUUCUUUUCCUGUUCGUUGUGUUUGGCAUUGUUCGCGCCGAGUUUGAGUCUGACCGCAGUUUUCAGUCAGCCACGCUACGAAAAACGGGACUCUCCGCCGUGCAGGUAGCCCGCAGGCAGCAGCGGGGGCUGUUUCACUCAAAGUACAUCCCCAAGCGACCGGCACAGAGCCGUUGCUUUGUGAAUGAUGGGGAUACGCAGCUCUUGCGUCGUAGCCCACCUGCCUACUGA